AUGUCUGCGGACAAACGCGGCGCUGCGGUGGUGGUGGUGGGCAGCGGUGUGGCAGGAAUAUCUGCGGCUCUGAGGCUCAUGUCUGCGGGGUUCCGCGUCAGAGUCCUGGAAGCGACUGGGAGAAGUGGAGGAAGGAUCAAGACUGCGACACUCGGUAAUAAUAUUGUGGAGAUAGGCGCCAACUGGAUUCAUGGCCCGAGUGAAGAAAACCCGGUGUUUUGUCUAGCCCGUCAGUAUGGUCUGCUGGAUCCAGAGGCACUCAUACCAGAGAACCAGGCCAUGGAUGUAGGAGGACACCCCCCAUGGGUCCCAAACUUCUUUACCAGCUCAGGUCACAAGCUUGAUGCACAACUCGUACUUCCUGUUCAGCUGGCAUGCCUUGAAAUCCUUGAGGAAAGUGCUUCUUUUGAGGGAAGAGGAGAACCUUUUCCCAGUGUCGGAGAAUUCAUCCGCUCAAAGGCCACAGAGAAGUGGAGAGACGCAGACGCAGCCAGCAGAUCCCUGGGCUUUUCCGUCAUCAGUAACUUGCUGAAGGUGGAGUGCUGUGUUAAUGGGACCCACAGUAUGAAUGAAGUAGGACUGGGUGCAUUCAACCUGUACAAGACUCUGCCAGGACUCGACUGCACGUUUCCCAAAGGUUAUGAAAGUCUGAUAAAGAACCUGCUUUCAGAGCUGCCCUCAGACACGGUGACCUACAACUGUCCCGUUCGCUGCAUUGAGUGGAUCAACUCAGAGGCGAAAGGGCCUGUUAUAGUAGAGUGUGAAGAUGGACAAAGGAUCGCUGCAGACCACGUUAUUGUCACAGUGUCCCUGGGGUACCUCAAGAAAAAUCAUGCGACAAUGUUUCGCCCUGCUCUGCCUCUUCACAAACUACACUCGAUCCAGAGACUCGGUUUUGGAACAAACAACAAAAUAUUUGUAGAGUUUGAUUCGGCCUGGUGGGAUGCUGACUGUGAGGUCAUCUAUUUAUUGUGGGAAGAUGAAAGAGAGAUGGUGGAUCAGGUGAUGGACGUACAGUCUUCAUGGAUAAAGAAGUUAUUUGGCUUCACUGUGUUGAAACCCUCUGAAAGAUAUGGUCAUGUUCUUUGUGGGUGGAUCGCUGGGCAUGAAUCUGAAUAUAUGGAAACUCUGCCUGAACAACAGGUGGUACAAGCUGUAACACAACUUUUAAGACGGUUCACAGGUAACCCCGUCCUGACACCAAAGCGGGUCAUGCGCUCCCAGUGGUUUCAUGAUGCAUGGACUUGUGGAUCAUACAGUUUUCCAGGAUUAGGCUGCUCUUCUCAAGACCUUGAAAAUCUGGGGGAGCCUCUUCCAACAACAGGCUCUUUGCCACUACAAGUGUUGUUCGCUGGAGAGGCCACUCAUCCUUGUUUCUUCUCCACGGUCCAUGGAGCUCUGCUGUCGGGUCGAAGAGAGGCAGACAGACUCAUCUCUCACUACUCGACCAAUAACGUCUUAUCCAAACUUUAG